GGUGACUGAGGCUUUAUAGAUCUUUGAUAUUCUUUGAUCAUUUUGACCGUCAUGUGUGUUCAUUGUGAGUGACGGCACCUCCUCCGAAUUGUGAGUGACGGCAUCUACUCUGCCCAUGGGCGGGAUACGAUGCGAAGAAGAACUCCAAUGGUGGAAGGCUGAAGGAACUUGAUCAUGUCUUCGACUGGCCCUGGUGCUUCAUUCGGAAACUGCCGAGGGUCCGUUGAUUGAUUCAAUAAAUUGUGAAACCGGAUGGUGGGCGCUGGACUGCUGGACUUGGCCUUCCAAAUUCUUGAAACUGAAUGCUCCAGUCGGUAGAUUCCUUCCGGUGGACAUCCAUGGAAAUUCCAUUAUUGUUUUUACAAGCUUGCUUUCUUCGGGACAGUUUACAGGCCGCGUCUAAAUCAAGGACACUCUGCUUAAAGAGUAACUACAGAAUAUCAGGGUGCUGUUUUUGCGUCUUUCUUUUUGGUAUCGCGGUGGGAGCCAUUCUGCUCAGCUGCCGUGGUCUCGGCAUUCGUUGGCACCACCCCGAUGGAGCCCCGAAGCCGCGAUCUUUGUGUGGAUCGAUCGAUCCCUUUCGGAGAUGACGAAGCGAUCCUUCAGCACUUCCACGAGCAUGGCUUUGUGGUGGUGGCAGACGUCUUCAGCGAUGAAGAGAUCCACCGGGCUUUGGACGAGCUUUGGACGAGCCCUCGCUUACUCGCGAGGAAUGGCAGUAUCCAGCAAGGCAAGCCAGAGUCGUGGACGAAGGAGAAUGGCUGGCCUCAACAAGACGGAGGCAAAAACUUUCUGGAAUCCUUGGAUCCUUUCCAGGAUUUGAGCUGCUGGGAGCUGGCACUUCACGACCGGGUGGAGCAGAUCUUAUCGCUUCUGUGGCGUGCGGAAGGUGACGGCUUCGACGACGGCUCUGAUGAGAAGGUCGUCUUUCUGGGCCGAACGCCCCGCUGGGGUGUCAUGCGCCCCAGCGGCACACGCCCAGAGUGGCGGACCUUGGAGCAGUGGCUUCAUUGGGAUCAGAAUCCAUGGUCUCAGCCUGGAUUUGGAUGGAUCCAAGCCUUUGCUUGCAUCACUCCGCAGACGUCCCAGAGUGGUGGUCUUCUUUGCGUACCAGGCUUCCAGAAGCACUGGAGUCGAUGGGGCGAAGAACAUCCGGAAGGAACUGUCAAGGUGGAUGGAAAGGAGAUCACUCGCGCCUUUGGUGCGGGCAACCCCUUCCCUGUGCCCCCUGGAGAUGCGGCGCACGAGGGCACCGUGCGGAUUCUGGCGCCCAAGGGAUCGGUGGUUCUGUGGGAUAGCCGCUUGCCGCAUCAGAACUUUCCGAACAGCAGUGACCAUGAGUGGCGUGUCAUCCUUUACAUGAGUUUUUGGCCCUUUGAAAAGGAGACCUAUCAGGAGCGUCAGUCCUUCCUGGCCCAGCGCCUUCGUGUCAUGGAGGCGCUGGGCCACGCAAGCAGCGGAGCGCUGCCGCGCUGGGCGGUCUCCGCUGCGGAGGCAGCGGCGGAGCUGUCCGCCGAAGCAGUGGAGGCCAUUCGUUUGACGCAUGCAGCGGGGGAAGCUGAAAUGAAAGGAGAACUGGAGAAGUCCACAGAGAUGAUGAGACGCGCGAUGAAGAUGUGGCCGCAAGUUGAAGCCUGGUACGAGGCCAUUUUUAUUUGAGUGUGGGUCAGAAUCCCAUGAAUAGCUAC